CAACGGCAGCCUCUUAGCUACUGCAUCCUGGAUUCUAUGACCGACCUGGAAGACUCACUAGCACCCUCUUCAUCCCCUCUAGGCGCGAUCUUCACCUCUUCAUUUGCCGGUGUCAGUACGGCUCAAAUCGCAGCUGCUACCGACUCGCCAGCCUUGGCUGCCCAGCAGUGGGUUCAUGUCCACCAGAGAUGCCACAAACUAUGCACCCCACUGGUUCUGUUCUCGGCUGCCUGUUUCGGCUCGUUGAAGUUUGCCACCCAUAGCACUUCUUUCCUGGCUGCAGCUACGGCGUGUAUGGGUAUAGUGCCCUUCACUGUUGCUUUUCUCAAGAGCUCGGAGAGAAUCCUCAGGGCGGUUGCGAGUUCAGAGCAUCAGCCUAGCUCGGAUCACACAGCCGAACAAGUUCGAGGCGCACUCGCUCGCUGGGGAGCCCUGAACAUGAUAAGGACCCUGUUCCCUUUGGUGGGAGGACUUCUUGCUCUGAGCAUGUGCUAUUGAGGUCCGAUUUCCCCAACCCAAGGGAAACAAACGUCUGGCAUCCAGAAAAUCAAAAAGAUCGGCAAGCGUUGAAUAGCAAAUUGCAGUCUCGCAUGCAUCACAAGUGGAAGCUCGCAUGAUGCUUCAAAAUCUACUUGCAAGCAGCAAGUACUAGGAAGACUCCAUGUUCACCAAUUUACCAAUUUGCCAUGUAAUUGUGAGGCUAGGUUUCACUAUCUGCCAUAGCACUGUCGGCACAUCCUAUAGCAUGCAACUCCAAGUUACGUUAGACUGCGAGUAUGACCGUUGCCAACAGGAAGUGCAUCGAAAACCGCUUUUCCG